AUGGCACAAGCCUCAGGUAGAUCUGGGUCGUCAACCCCUGCUUCAUCUCGGGCCCCUCGUGCUUUGCGAAGAAAGGCAUGCCGAAAAUGUGUAGAGGCCAAAACUGCGUGUGAUCUCAGAAAGCCAAAAUGCAAGCGAUGCAGAAAUCGAAACACGAUUUGUGAAUAUCCAGCACCCGUCAACCCAGGAAGUACUGAUAAUGCAUCGAACCAAUACGCCGCCGUCGAUGUCAACCGUCUCAGCGUUACUUCUGAUGCAAUAUCUCUGCGUUCCACACGGUCAGAGAGUCUGGUUAACAGCACCAGAAAUGUAUCUUAUACCAUCGCGGAUGGUAGGACAGUCCUAGACUUUCAAAAGCUUGAUCUUGCGCCCAUGACUGAUGCAGAGGAAAUUCGUGAUCGAUGGCUACGCCCCUACAUCUCAAGCUCGACGGGCCAAGAGCCCAAGCAGUUGAAUGCUCACACCAUCCAGUAUCUCACCUGCGUGUUGAAAUCAUAUCUCAGGAAUCUGAUCAACUCAACUGCACCGCCUUUUAUUCAUUCUUUGCAACGGACCGGAACCGAUUCGCCUGUCUUGUGUUACUGUUUCACCAUGGUUCGUAUGUGGUUGACUCGGACUCCUGGGUGUGAACGCUUGAUCCUGGAGAGUAUGCGAAAGGAGAUGAAUGAAAUUGAAAACAAUGAUGCCCUUCAAAGCGACUUUGAUAGCCUGUGCUCGUUCCAGGCGUAUCUCAUCUACUUCAUGACGAUGCAUUUCUUUCCUGCUACAGCCGCCGUGGAAGAAUCCGACUCCUUUGAUUCUCAAGCGCAAAUAAAAAUGCAAGAAAUCGCUUUCCGAUCCGCUAAAGCAGGUCUCAUCUGCAGAGCAGAACAACACAAGACCCGGCCGAGCUGGGAGUCAUGGAUAAUCGCCUCCGCCAAGCGUCGUACCCUUUUCACCAUGUAUCUCUUCACCAACGUCUACAAUACCCAAGUCGGACUGCCAAACUUCGUCGCCGAAGAACUGAGGGGAACUAUGGCUCCGGAAAGCAAAAUACUCUGGCAAGCUUCAGACCGCGCCGUUUGGGAAAGGGAAUACAAUCGCCACUUGUCUCGCUGGGAAGAUGGGAUGCUUGAGAUAUCCGAGCUGUGGAAGUCUGCUGCAACUGGAACAGACGCUCGACGGAAGAAGAUUGAGCGAUGGUUGCAAUCUGCUGAUGAGUUUGGGAUGAUGCUUUUUUCUGUUUGUGCGCAUAUCCACGGGUGCUAG